GUGUGUACUUAAAAAGACUAAAAAUGGCCCAAUUUUACACUUCACUUCUCAUCGUUACGAUUUUGGUUGUUCUGUGCGACUCAGCUACAAUGAAUUUUAAUCAAGAUAGUAAAUGUGGAUCAAACGCAGUUUACCUAAAAUGCGGUAACAGUUGCAUCCCAUAUGUUUGUAACCAAACUAACGAGGAAUCAGGAUCUUGUGGCCGGUGUGUGGAAGGAUGCUUUUGCAUGCCUGGUUAUAUUAAAUUAACGCCCGAAAUGUUGGAGUGCGUCCCACUAAAGAUGUGUGACACCGUACCCAUUCCAAAAUGCAAAAAGUAUGAGAGAUACAUCAACGAAUGUCAAUGGGAUUGCGUAAAAACUUGCGAGAAUUUACGAGAUCCUAAGUGUGACAGAUGGUGUAUUAAAGGCUGCUUAUGCGAACCGGGAUAUGUGAGAACCCUUAAUAGCCACGACAGCCCUUGUAUUCUUCCAACUCAAUGUCCAAAGUAACUAAACCUUUAUAUUUCGCCUAAAAAUGUUUAUGAUAACAUUUAAAUUUGUUCAUGGUCAAU